GGAGCUGAGAGGCUGCUGACCCACCCACCCCACCUCCCUGCUCUGCUCUGCUCUGCCAUUACUUGGCUUGGCGUGUGCUGCUGCUGCUGGGGUGAACAGGAGAGAGAAGAAGCAUAGAAGAGCAAGCAGUGAGAACUCUGAGAGAGAGAGAGAGGAAGAAGAAGAAGAAGGAGGAGGAGAUGGAGGUGCAGGCUCGGCAUGGCUUCCUACCAACAGGCAGGCAGCAGCACCUCCUCCAUGGCCAGGCUCACCAUCAGCAGCAAGCUCCCGCAGGUGAAGAUGAGUGGUGGGAGUACUUCCCCUGCCCCUACUGCUACAUCGAGGUGGAGGUCCCCUUCCUCUGCCACCACCUCCAGGAGGAGCACUGCUUCGACAUGAAGAACGCCGUGUGCCCGAUCUGCGCCGACAACCUCGGGGCCGACACGGCGGGGCACUUCCGGGAGCAGCACUCCCAGCAGCUCAAGAUGAGGAAGUCCUCUUCUUCUUCUUCUUCCAGGGCAGGGGCAGCAGCAGCUGCUGACAAGGAGGCAGAUGAGGAGGACGACUCAUACUUUGAAUCAAAAUGCUCAUACAUCAUGGGCAGGCCGGUACCCGAUGACCAGUCCCCUGACCCUCUGCUCUUCCAGUUCAUCUGCACCGUCGCGGCGCCCCGGGUUGUCGUCGACCCGGAGCCCAGCAAGGCCGAGGAGGAGGAUCGUGCUUCGCCUUCCUCAGAUGAUCAAAGGCUGAAUCAGGCUGUGAUGGACGACGACGCAGCGAAGAAGGAGGUUGAGGAGCGGCUGCGGAGGGUCGAGUUUGUGAAGCAGAUGCUCAUGACGACGAUCGCUCAAGACUGAUCUUCCAGGGGUUGGUUUCAGCAAGCACUUAGACUGGCUAGGAUUGCUCAGGAUCUUGGAAAUGUGCCGUUUUUGUUGAGAUUGACCCUUUGGCACAUGUUGUAUACCUACCUGAAUUGACCAAUCUUUCCUUUUAAGCUAAGCCUUGGUUACCUUCA